AGUAAUCAUCACUUUUUAAAGGGCAUAUUUUCUAGAGGAAAAAUUCGCGGAUUGAUGUAAAGUUUUUCUUCUUGUGUGGUUUUUUUUUUUAAAGCCAGCAUGGUAAAGGGCAACGGGAGGUCAUCACAUGUAAAUAGCUUUUAUGUAGGGGCUCGUGAGCUCCAGCCUGAAUAAGCCCGACGCAGGGGAGUGGCUGGAGAGCAGUAAAUCACGCUCUGAGUACUGGUGCCCGCCGUGUGGGGCUUGAUCUCCUCCCUCUCCGCGCGGUGUCUGCAGCUGCCUGAGUUUGCCGCACGCAGCCCAGGGCCAGAGCUCCUCAGCUGUGAACUCUUGUCUCACAGCAUUGCUCAGCCGGAGCGUCGGGAAGCAGGCAGCGCUUCUACGUUCGCUGAGCUGCUUCGAUGCACGGACAAGCCGGCUUCUAGAGAGUCCCGUCGGAGACGAGCGGCGUUCAGUUCCUUUGCUGCAUGGCUGCUGCUUGAGGUCCGCCCCCCCCCCGAGAAUUAAGAAUGAUAGCAGCUGGGAAAUUUGCAAGUCUCCCAAGAAAUAUGCAGCUGAAUCAUGAGUUCCCAUUGGUCUCAUCUAUGGAUCUGUUGAGCAGCCAACCACCCCUUGCUGAGCAUCGCUUAAAUACCUGUCAAGAUGUUUCUAUCCAUGGUACCCUUCCAAGGAAGAAAAAGGGGACCACUCCUGUUCGAUCCUGUGAUGUUGUUAGCCACAUGGGGACCUUGCCAUUCUACAAAGCACAUCGACCCCAGGGGCCUUUGAUGCAAGACGUCAUAGAGGAAUGUCCUCAGAAAAACUUGAGGAGUGACCACUUCUCUCACAGAGAUCAGAAUGCUAUGGAUCCUGCAAUGGAGUAUGUAAAGUUUUCAAAGGAGAGACAAGCUAUGGACAGGCAGGCUAUGGACUGUAACCCAGAAAAGCUGAAGAAAGAGUUGGAAGAGGAGCUGCAGAUGAGUAGCGAAGACUUGCGCAGCCACGCCUGGUACCACGGACGUAUUCCACGACAGGUGGCUGAAAGCCUUGUGCAAAGAGAUGGCGAUUUCUUGAUUCGGGACUCUCUCUCCAGCCCUGGUAACUUUGUCCUUACCUGUCAGUGGAAAAACAUCUCUCAGCAUUUCAAGAUCAAUAAAACCAUCCUGAGGCUGAAUGAAGCCUACUGCCGGGUUCAGUAUCAGUUUGAAGAUGAAGGUUUCGGCAGCAUCCCUGGGCUGGUUCGGUGUUAUGUGGGAAACCGCAAGCCAAUAUCGCAGCAGAGCGGGGCCAUUAUAUUUCAGCCCAUCAAUAGGACUGUUCCACUGAGGUGCCUGGAGGAAAAAUAUGGCGUUCCUCCAGCCCAGCCAAGAGAGAGCAGCGUUCCUGAAGGAAAAGUAGAAAGUCCGAAAAGACUGAGCCUCAAUGUGUGCAAUCGGGAGCAGAAUUCAAUCCGAGGAAACCUUUUAAGAAACAAGGAGAAAAGUGGCAGCCACCCAGCGUGUUUGGACCACGUGCAAGAGAAACGAUUCCCCCUCAAGGCCCACCAGUCAGAAAGCUUUCUACCAAUAGGCUCAAGGUAUCCAACUCAGGGAAUUGAAGCUGAAACAGGUCCUUGUCCAAAAUCUCCAGCAUUCAGAACAGGCAGUGAACCUGCUCUGAGCCCCCUGGUAUUUCGAAGAUUUGCUUCUGAGUUGCAGAUCAGCGAUGCUCUCCGGGGUUCAGACAGCCAACUUUUCCCUAGGCCUCCACCUAAGCCCAGCAAAGUGCCCUUUCGGAGACCACCGCACAGUUCAGAGGUGCUGUAUUGUGAACUUAAUGCAACUAUUCCCACAGACUGCUGGGUGACAAAGCAACCUUCAUGUGAGAAGAACAGCUUUGUGGAGCAUCUGACAGCCAAGGAGAAUGGGAUGCAUUCAUCCAGGAAUUCAGAAACCAGCUACCUGAUUCUGGACAACCAUGAGGCCUUGCUGAAUUCUGUGGAUCCACUGACAGCCCCACCCGACAGGAGCAGAGAGAGCAGCAUCUUUGUCACACCUGUUCUGGAGAUGGUCUCCAGUUUCAGACCAAAUGAUUUUGAAUCAAAACUCCUCCCUCUGGAAAACAAACCCCUGGAGACUGCGAUGUUGAAAAGGGUGAAGGAACUGUUGACAAACAAUGAUGCAAAGAGCAUUGCUUUGCACAUACUCAGAAUGGACUGCCAGGUUGCUAGGAUACUGGAGAUCUCUGAAGAGAUGAGGAGGAUCAUGGGAGUGAAUUCAGGCCUGGAACUGAUUACGUUGCCGUAUGGACACCAACUGCGUCUUGACAUAAUUGAAAGACACAAUACCAUGGCAAUAGGAAUAGCAGUGGAUAUCCUGGGCUGCACAGGAAACUUAGAAGAGCGAGUUGCAACUUUAAACAGGAUCAUCCAGGUUGCUGUAGAACUCAAGGACUCCAUGGGGGAUCUGUAUGCCUUCUCAGCAAUAAUGAAAGCCCUGGAAAUGCCUCAGGUCACAAGAUUGGAGCAAACGUGGACCAGCCUGAGACACUGCUACACACAAACAGCCAUUGUGUAUGAGAAGCAGCUGAAACCGUUCAGCAAAGCCUUGCACGAAGGCAGAGAGGCCACUUGUGUUCCACAAAAUGUCAUCACGGUACCCUUGUUGAUGCCUCUGGUUACCCUGCUGGAACGCCAGGCUGUAGUGUUUGAUGGGAUGGACGUGUGGGAGAACACUGACCAGAGCUGUGAGAUUAUGCUGAAGCACUUAGCAACUGCUCGCUUGAUUGCGCAAAACGCCCACAUGUACAGCACAAAUGCGGAAAGGAUACUCUCAGGUUUUCAGCCAGAUGAUGAGAUGAAUGAGAUCUUCAAAACAGAAUUUCAAAUGAGGUUGCUCUGGGGCAGCAAAGGAGCACAGGUUAACCAAAGUGAAAGAUAUGAGAAAUUCAACCAGAUUUUAACUGCACUCUCCCGAAAAUUAGAACCGGCAGUAACAAAGCAGACUGAGCAGUGAACUAUGUAAUGGAGUCUCAACUACAUUUAGUUAAAUAUAAUUGUUUAACUAAGAGAAGACAUUUUAAAAUAGGACUAUGUUUUAAAUAAUUGUUCAUUCCUGGGGGGGGGGGCGUGAAUGGAGCACUUUCAGGGUGGCCAAAGUAUAUCCCCCCAAAGAGUCGUCUUGCUGAACAGGGAUUUCAGCCAGUUGGGAAUCACAUAUGACAUCACGGUACUACAUGGCCAAUCAGAUUCGGCUAUAUAAAAGCAUCAUAAAGCCAGCAAAGUGCAGGGCAAUUACUCCUGGAUUAUUGUCUUUGCUCUGAAUUGAUACAAUUUUUGCUUUUUAAAAUAACCUUGGUGGGGAGAAAUCUCUGAAGGGGUUUGAAGUACUUUUUGCUAGUGUUGAAAUUUUUCACAAAGGACUCCCCCACUUUUGGCACAGACUCCAACAUUCAGAGAGCCUAGAAGAUGUGUCAAUUGCACAAUGUGCAUUUAUUUAUUAGCUGCCUAAUCAGAAGUGACUACUGAUUUAUAAAGGACUCAUUAUUUAUUACUACGUUAAUUAUCUAUUGAGCAACAAAGACGCUGUCCACUACAUAAAGUAUUGCUGACAGUUUUAUUUGAUUAUUUUUAGUCUUGCACCAAUAUUAUUAUUAAAGAAGAAACUAAUGUAAAUAUGAGCAAGUGUUAAAGACAUGGAUUUGCAGAUGAUAUCAGUUGUAUGAUAUCCUUUAAAUGGAUAUGGGAAACUGUACAUACACUUGUGACUUGAAGUAUAUCUUUAUGUUAAAUGUUUUAUUACCUUGUCUCAAACUGGACAAACUUUGAGGUUCAAGAUGUCAGUGUCUGAACUACUCCUCUUUCCAUCUGUGUUUUCUUCUCCUUGACCCAUCAUAAUUGUUGUCCAUUCUGUUAAAUGAAAGCUUCAUGCCUAGUUACCUCCAGUUCUUCCUGCUCCUGUGAUUCAGCCAGUUGCAAAGUCUUGCUGCUUUUCUCAUUGGAACAUCUACCCCUUCCUCUCAGUUGCCACCACUAAAAGCACCCAGCUUCACAGUUCGGCCGCUUCUCUGUUCAACCCGCACUCUUAACUGUGAGUGGCAGGGCACAAGGGUGGCUGAUGGGUUGGGGCUGUGACUUACAACCUGCUUGCCCCACUGUACAUGGUUACAGUGGGGCUCUAGAAUAAUGUGUGAAGAGGGCUAUAAGUACUUCAGAGCCCUAGAGGGCUCCCUAAAUAUGGAGCAUGGUUGAGGAGAAGACAACUUGGGAGGAAAGCUGGCUCCUUUGGCGGUUACUGCUAUUGUAGAGCCUGAACCAGUUGUCCUCUUGGGCAAUCAGGGGAGCUGACUUGACAUGGCUGCUUUUUCCUGCCCUCUGACUUGUGUAUACUAGAACCUGAAUGUGGUGUUUUGAAAUAUGGUCUUGGUGAAUUGAUAUUAAAAUAUGGAUUUGCUCACCUUCA